AUGGGUCAGGUUAGCCCAAAUCCUGUUCAGACACCCGUCACUGCGCAGUAUGUACCAUGGGUUCCGGUCACCAGUGGUGCCGCCCAAACAGUUCCAAGCCAAGCUAGUCCUACUCAAGGGCUCAAAAUCGAUCAUUUGCCUGUUCCAUUGCAGACAAUAUUGAUGAACCCCCCUCUACGUGAUAGACCCAUGUUACAAGCUCAAGUUAUUGCUGAAUAUUUUCAGGCUUAUGCCAGAGCCCAGCAGGAGCAGCAACAGAAACAAUUGCAGAAACAACAACAGCAACAACAACAGCAACAAUUUCAAGAACAACAGCUUAAUCAACAACAAGAGCAGCAGCGCCAGUUAGAACUUCAACGCUUGCAACAGCUACAGCAAUACCAGCAAAUGCAGAUGCAGCAACAACAACAAAAUCAAUUUCAACAACAAUUUCAACAACAGCAGUAUGCAUUUAUGAAUCAGGGUCAACAAGCAAUUCCAAUUCAGUCUCCUUCCUCUUAUCACCAAGCAUUAACACCCGGUACCCAGCCACUGCCACUGCCAGUGAACUAUGAACUGUAUCAACACCCUCCUACUGGAGCCAAUUUAUCGCCGUCUGAAGUCGAGAAGUUACAACGCCAGCAGCAAAUUGUCCUUGAACAACAGAAAAGAUUAGAGUUGAGAAGGGAUCAAGAUGCUAAAGGCAAGAACACUGGAAAGAGGACCGCAACAGGCACUAUUACCGGCGAUGAAAGUCAGGCAAAGAGAAGCAAAAUCAGUCCUUCACCCCUAAAUGUUGCAGAGUUCUAUCGUCAACAGCAGUUGCCAGAAGCUGGUCAAACUGGAAGUCCAUUCAAUGCAACAGACGAUAUCCAAGAUAAGCUUGAUAUACUUAAUGCACAAUCACCACCAGUACCACUUAAGUUGCGCAUUAGACCACUUUUUACUGACAAUUUCACCGACAUGGCAUUUGUCGGCGAGAAAUUCCGAGACCUGAUCCUCGAAGAGUCAAAGAAGGAAUGGAAGACUGUGCAGGAUGACGAUGAAUUAAGUGAGUAUCUCAAUAUUGCUCUCGAUAACGGAUCUCCAGAAUUUUGGAAGACUUUUGAUGAUACCAAGAAGAAGUUUCUUGUUCGAAUCACAAACUGGAUGAGACAUCUGAUUCGUGAUAGAGUCGAAGGCAAACAUUACGGGUUACUAUUGGUUGGACUCAAAGUCUUAGCCAAGAUAAACUUGUCCACUGCUGCUAUAGAAUCUCUCAAGUUGGAAAAGACUCUUGCUAAAGCUAUGGAACAUGGAGAUGCCGAAAUAAGAAACCUUUGUAGACAGGUUCUCAAGAUAGCCCCUAAGAAGGUGGUCAAAACUGCCCCUCCAGCUCGUCCUGCUGUAAUCACUAAGAAGCCGAAACCAAGCACUGCCGCUAGCUCUACUGUCCCUGUGAAAGCAGUCAGCAGUGCUAAGGAAGCCACUACUAAACCCGCACCUUCUGUUACUGGCUUGGCUCCUUCGAAACUGCCAACUUCAAAACCUGAGUUAAAACCAAAAUCUGCAUCUGCCACAGCAACUUCUGAUAGCUCAAGUUCGACCACCACAACUAAUGCCACCAGGUCAUCAAGUUCCAGCUUUUUCGAUACUAUUAAAAGUGCUAAAGUGUCUAAACCAGCAUCUUCUAGCACUAGUACUAGUACUGGACCAACAUCUUUAAAGUCUGCCGUAUCAUCUUCAAUCACGGCAGCAAGUCAAAAAGCCAAACCUGCAGCAACUGCCAAGCCAUCUUCGGCACCCAUGACAAUGCUGUUCUCCGGAGCUGCUUCUAUCAAAAGUCAAAUUGAGAAGAAUAAGGAGAAGGCAGUUAUUACUGGUUCAAAGAGUAGCGCGGGUCCAGAAACUAAGAAAAAGACCAAAGUUAAGAAGUCUGUGCAUUGGAAAGCUGCUGAUGACCUUGUGCAAGUUAGAUAUAUAAGUGACGGCGAAGAUAAUGAGGAGGAACCACACCAUAAAAUGCAUGCAUCCGACAGAAGAACCAUGGACUUCCAUGAAGCUUUGCAGUUUAAGAAUAUCCCUGAAAUCGAUGAAGAGCUCGACUGGUACGAACCUGUGGAAUUUGAUUGGCAAGACGAUGUAAAGAAGUCCUUCCGUCGUGCAGGAUAUCUCAAGAGAGGAGGUAUUCUCGAGCCCAAAAGUGAGGAGGCAAAGAUACAAAAGGCUCGUGAGUCUCAUGCUCUCAUCGCUGUAUAUACCUCUGUUGAUGAUGUACCGGAUAAUCCAUCACCGCCAGAUGCAUCAGAUGAAGCAAAUGAUCUAAAAACCAAUGGUAAUCUGGUUAUUAUCAGGUUACCAGAAGAGCUCGAACUGAAUCCUAUUGUGCUCAAGUUCAACGAUGAAUUACUUAUACGGCAGAAGAUUGAACAGGCAAGCCAGAUUCUCGGAGAAGUUACAAAACUCAGUUCUCAAUCACCUCCCCAAACAGACUCCACUACUAAUACUUCCAACAAAUCUGCAUUGCCACCUUUACCUCCACCUCCUCCACCACCAUCAGUUCCUCCUGCUGGAAUUCCUGACCUCAGCGAUGUUUUCAAGUUUCUUGGCAAUCUUGCUCCUAUACAAUCCCGCUCAGGAUUUAUUGCACCACCACCGCCACAGAGUGGGAAUGACAAUAGUUCAUGGCACGGGUCCCAUGGUCAAGAUGAUGAUGACAGGAUUAAGCAACUACGUUCUCGCGAUGUUCGUCCUUAUGUUCGUAAUUACAAAGGGCAUGACUCUUACAAUAAGCCUUGCUCAUUUUUCGCCAGAGGUACUUGCAAAUUUGGCGAAAAGUGCAAAAAUGUUCAUGAGGGGCCUUAA